GGGUGAAGAGAUGUCAUUGGCAUCCAUUGAGCGUAAAAACUUAUCACGUGAAGAAUCGGAAAGAAAACAAUAUGGCCACAAAAUUGACAUUCUCUUUCGUAUCGAUGACAUGGAAUACUUUGGUUCCGAAACGUACGUUGACGAAGAUCCACAGAACUCGAAACCGAUUUCCUACAAGCAAAAACUUUUCCGAGAAAUAAAAGAUCAGCUAGACCGCCUCUUAAAGAAGUUAAAUUUUACAUGGGAAACCGUUAGUGAAAUAAAGAAUAUUACUAUACAUGGAAUAAAUCAAGGAGGUAGUUAUAGGAAGCAAUGGAGAGAUUCUUAUAUCAAUUAA